CUGAAAGUGAAACUAAGAGGAAGAAAAGGCCACGUUUUUAUUUUCUCUUAUAGAUCUGAAAGUUUAAGAGAAAAAUCCAUACACCAGACAUGUCUUCUGCCAGAAGUCUAGUGCCUGAGGAGAAUUUUCUUUGUUCCAUAUGUCUUAGUGUGUUCAAUAAACCUGUAUCGACUCCCUGUGGACACAACUUCUGUCUCGAUUGCAUCACAAACUUCUGGGAAACUAAACAUACCGCUGUUAAGUGUCCACUGUGUAACGAGACAUUUGACAGCAUACCAAAGCUCCGGGUUAACACUGUCAUUGCUGAAAUGGCUGCAAAGUUGAAAAGAGCAGUUCAAGAAAAUCCACCUACCACCACUGAACAAGCAGGAAAUGGAAAUGUCCUCUGUGGUGUCUGCCAGGGGGCAAAGCUCAAAGCCCUGAAGUCUUGCCUAGUGUGCUUUGUGUCUUACUGUGAAGCUCAUCUCGAGCCUCACACAAAAAUUUCAGCCUUGAAGAAACACAAGCUGAUCCACCCAGUGGAGAACCUGGAGAGCAGGAUAUGCAAAACACAUGACGAGCCUUUGGAGUUCUUUUGCGGGGUGGAUCACAUGUUCAUAUGUGGGUCCUGCAAAGACAGUGAUCAUAAAAGCCAUAAGACAGUGACUGUAGAGGAGGAGGCUCAAAUGAAGAGAACCCAGUUGGGAAUAGACAUGAACGACACAGAUCAGAUGAUCCGGGUACGUCAGCAGAAGAUUCAGGAGAUUCAAGAUUCAGUGGAGGCUAGCAGAAAUAAUGCAGCAAAGGCACUGUCAUACAGCAUGCCCGUGAUGACUGCUGUGGUGGAAUACAUUAAGAAAAGCCAAGCUGAGCUGACUGAGGUAAUUGAGACAAAGAAGAAAAAAAUUGAAACAGAAGCAGAAGGCUUCAUUAAAGAACUGGAGGAAGAAAUUAUGCAAAUAAAGCAGAAAAACCUGCAGCUUAAUCAGGUCUCAGUUGCUAACGACCCCUUCAUUUUCCUUGAGAAUUUCCUUUCACUUACCAUCACUCCACGCCAGGUUAAAGACUGGUCUGAUGUGACUCUUAACAGCAAUGUUUACGCAAUGGAAGGAGCCAUGACCAAACUGGUGACAUCAGUCAAGAGAGAAAUAAGUAUGCUGUGCGAUCCAGACUUGAAAAAAAUGGAGCAGCAUGCUGUCGAUGUUACUCUGGAUCCUGACACAGCAAACCCAUGGCUCAUUGUUUCUGAGGAUGGGAAACAGGUCACACAUGGAGACAGAAAGAGGAAUCUCCCAAACAAACCAGAGAGGUUUGAUCAUGUCCUUAAUGUCUUGGCAAAGGAGGGUUUCUCCUCAGGAAAGUUUUACUACGAGGUCCAGGUUAAGGAGAAAACACACUGGGAUUUAGGAGUUGCAAAGGAGUCCAUCAACCGGAAGGGUGAUAUUCGACUGAGCCCCCAGAAUGGAUACUGGACUAUCUUGCUGAAGAAGGGAUAUGGGUUUACAGCCAAUGCAGGCCCUGCCAUUAACCUCCAUGUUAGGGAAAUGCCUCAAAAGAUUGGGGUGUUUGUUGAUUAUGAGGAGGGUCAAGUUUCCUUCUAUAAUGUGGAUUCCAGGGCUAAGAUCUUCUCCUUCACAGGAUGCAACUUCACAGAGAAGCUCUUUCCAUUCUUCAGCCCCUGUGCUAAUGAUGGCGGCAAAAAUUCAGCCCCCUUGAUCAUUACUCCUAUCAAAUACAACAGCUGAGGUUUCAUUUUGUUCUUUAGGUUUAUGAAAAGAAAACAAGACGGGGGAAACAUCACAAUUGUAGAAUGCUGAAAUAUUUUUAUCUGUAAAACUCCAGUGGUUCCCAUCCAUCAGUGUCAGUGCUGCUUGGUGUCACUAGGUGUUGCCUGUCACACAGACAGCUGUAGAUCUCCAACAGAGUCCCCAUGCAGCCAUCGGGUCAUUCACUAUCCACACACAUAUUGUACACACACCUCGGCAGCACAUUGUAGCCAUACAGCUCCCUAACAAAUCGUUAUGAGGUGGCUGUUAAUAUCGAUAAAGCUGCUAUUGUCUGCCAACAUGGCCAUACAAAUACCAGAGCUACUGUAGGGCAAACUGUGAUUGCAAAUAUUUUAUAGGAUUUGUUUUGUGCUGGUUGGAGUGCCAUAUAUCAGGACUGUUUACUUAUGACAUGACAGCUUAAAAUGUGAUGUUUGUUUUAAUGAAUGAAAAAACAAAAACAAAUUGCUGCCUUAAAUACAACUGACAUUUUACUAGUGCUUUAUAACUGAUAUUGGUCGAAUUAGUUUUACUUUAGGUCAUGCAUGCAGCAUGUUAUUUGAAUUCAUUUCUCCAAGUGUGCUAUUGAGAAGUAAGCUACAUGGCAUUAUUUGCCUCAGUGGGGGUCAACCACUGUACAGCAGCAACAUGCCCAGCAAGAAGUAGCUAAAUAGUGUUAGGUAUUUUUAGUCAGAUAGAUAUUGGUUAGGUACUUGUUGUAUUAGAAAUGUCUUUA